AUGGCACCCGAACUAACAAGUCAUCGGCGGACCGGCGCGCCGUCCCCUGCGCCAACCGUUGACUCCUCGACCUCAUCUUCCACCCUAUCACACGAUGCUCAGAGGCAGAGACGACCCAGGACAAGCAAGCCAAAGGUCAAGACAGGUUGCAGUAACUGCAAGCAGCGGAGGAUCAAAUGCGACGAGAAACGGCCGGCCUGCUCGAACUGUGUGCGUUCAAAGAAGAACUGCUCCGGCUAUCCACCUCCAUCAAGAAGCGCACGGCCGUUCGAGGAAAUACCAAUCCUCCCCAGACCGAGACCUACGGACGGCUCGGCAGCAACCGCCCCACAAACUAUUCGGCCUACCCAGUCCAUACAGCUUCCCCCCCGACGUGUCGCCAAACAACAGCGACGGAACACGCCACCUCAGGAAAGGCCUUUCGCGCAGCAGCAGCACCAGCUGCAUCACCAGCAGCAACAACAGCAGCACCACCAGCACCACCAGCAACAGCAGCAACAGCAAAAUGCCAUUACCCUCUACAGACCGACGACAUUCCCCUUCGCUCAACAGGAAGGCCUCUAUUUUCAGUUGUUUCAGUCCCACACUGCGAGCGAGCUGUCGGGCUACUUUGACUCGGUAUUCUGGUCACGCCUGGUCCUGCAGGAAUGCCAUUCUGCAGUAGCAAUCCGUCAUGCCGUGGUGGCACUGGGCGCGCUAUACAAGACUCUAGAAAAGAAUUCCGAAUCACCUCCCACUUCGCCACGGCCUGGUGUCGACUAUGUUGACAGUGCAUAUCGUCAUUGGGAGGUGGCGGUAAGAUCAUAUUCCAGCGCGUGCACAUCACUGGUCGGUGUCGCCGGUUCAGACAACAGCGCAAACAGGACGCGGCUCAUGGCCAGUGUCUUGCUGGCCUGUUUUGACUCGUUUAUUGGUGACCACAAGCAGGCGAUCAAGCAGAUUCAGACCGGCCUGAGCCUUCUGGAACAGUUGCGCGCACAGAGACGCCGCGCAUUCAUGGCACAUCCAGAAGAGCCCGUGGAAGACGAGAUUAUCCAGAUGUUCACACGACUGGCGAUCCAGGCAAAGUCGUAUGAUAUGGCCUUCCACUUUCCUAAGCCAUAUGUCGUACGGCUGAUCCAGCCAUCGACGGACCCGUCUUCCCCCCAGUCCGAUGGAGGGUCCCCUGUGUCCCUGCAUCAAGACCCGAUUCCUGAUCGCUUCGCAUCCCUGCACGAGGCGCGAAUCGCCUGGGACACGCUCUGUGAGAGGAUGUUCAGAUUCACCGAAACCCUCUUCUCCACCGCAAGCCAAAACGGACCCAUGGGCAUCUUGCCCGCUACUUUGCACCAGUACGGUCUAGGAUUUCGGGGCCAGAUUGAGUCCUGGUCCCAGGCGUUUGACCACAUCCUCACCACGAGGUCUGCACCUGGCGUGAUCAGCCAAGAGAAGGCCGCGAUAGCGGUCCUCAAGAUGUCCCAGCUGAUGGGACAAGUGCUCUUCUCGAUGACGUUCAGCGACAGCGAAGGCCAUUUCGACAAGUUUGAGCCUCAGUUCCAGAAGAUCGUUGACCUUGGACGCGAGGUUGUGGGCGAUCAAGAACGUCGGGCGGCUGAAAAACGGUGUCCUGAUCCCCGAACAUGCCGACAUUUCACGAAGCAUGUGGCAGAUAUCUUUGGUGGACAUGAGUAUACGGCAACUCACAUCAAGCCCAGCUUCAGCGCAGAUAUGGGGAUCGUCCCGCCACUCUACGUCGUGGCGACAAAAUGCCGCAACCCGCUCAUCAGGCGACAGGCGAUCCAGCUGCUCAGGAGCAGCUCGAGGAGGGAGGCCAUGUGGGAUAGCGAGCUCACAGCGCGCAUCGGCUCCUGGAUUAUGGACAUCGAGGAAGAAGAAGACCUGGAGGCAUUGACUCCAGGCCGCAGCUCGCUAGGCUCAUUCUCAGAUGCGAGCGGCCGGUCUCCGCUCACUGCUUAUACGAGCGGUGGCAGCCCUCGGCCCCAUUCUAGUUAUUCAAACGGCUCCGUCGAAUUCGGCAACAACCUAGGGCCCGGUGGCAAUGCGAAGUGGGAUGCCCGACGAGGAUCCACCGUCAGCCAGGCCAAUAGAGUACAGCAAAAGGUUGUCCCCCACGACAAGCGGGUCAUGGUCAUGGCGGUCGAGUUCAACCUGCGGGAGCAUAACGCAGUUCUGCAGUGCGGAAGUAGAGGCAUCACUGCCGGAACCCCGGAUCUGAAGACCCGUGUGACGCAAAUCACAUGGUGA